UGAAAUCAGUUUCCAAUUAGCUUGCGAGCGCAUCAGAUCGACAAAUAUGAGGGUGCUUGUUGUUGCUUUGCUGGUGACCCUUGCAGGUGCUUUAGCCAGCGAAAAUCCCUCCGGUCGUCUCACUGGUGGAACCGUCGCCCUCUCCGGACAGUAUCCGGCUGCUGUCAGCAUUGACACUCCUUAUCAACUGCACUGCGGCGGAUCAAUUAUCAACCUUAAUCAUGUCUUGACGGCCGCGUGGUGCGUCAUGCAUCCCACCGCAUUCACCCUGCUGAAUCCCUUUUGGCUUCGAGUGAUCGCUGGCGAUCUGAACCUGGUUCCUGUGUCGUUCCGUCGUGAAGUUCGCAACGUAACGCACCUGUUCGUGCAUCCCAACUACAAUCGAGUGACUAAUAACAAUGACUUGGCCGUAAUGCGCCUGAAUACUCCCUUCCCGGAGUUCCACAACACCAUCGAACCGGCAAUCCUGAACACCCGAGUUCUGGCCGUCAACACGCAAUGCGAAUACGUGGGAUGGGGAGCUGCCACGAACGCAGUAGGCGUUGCUUUGAAUCCUGCCCAACGCAUUGCUAUCGUGCCAAUUCUGACCACGGCAUCCUGCAACGCUGCCACCGUACAUAACAACCGAGUUCUGGCUACUAUGAUUUGUGCCGGCUCGUUAACCGCUACUGCCAACACUGUCUGCCAGGGCAACAUCGGUGGAGGUCUCUACUGCGGUGGGCAACUGACAGGUGUUCUCACGUUCGGACUAGCCUGCGGAGCAGCCAAUCAACCGGGAGUCUACAUUGACAUCAGACAGUACCGUCAGUGGAUCGAUACUCAGUUCACCCGCACUGAUAAUCCAGGCCCAGGAUGGGUUCCCAACCCGCUGUAAGCUAAUUAAACAUUAUUAAUGGGAAAAAUAAAUCACUUUAUUACCAUAA